GCGCCGCUGUGCUGCUCACGCACCUCAGACACAAACGCUUGUAUUAUACAGCAGGUUAUGUCGCUAAAGAGCACGUUUCAGGCAGAGCGGUGGUAAACCCUGCCUGUCUUUCUGGCGAGGUGAAUAAAUAGGUUGUUUAUGAAGUGCGGAGGUGAAACGAUUGGCGUCACACUGAGACCCGAGUCCUGGGUUCUGUAAGCAUGUGCUGCGCGUGAGGAGCGCGAGAGGGAUGCGGAGCAUGGGACACCAGCAAUGCACUGACAGUGAGGAAUCAUCUUGGGAAAUGACAGAUGGAGACAUCGGGAGGAUUGGAGCCUGCCAGCCCGCAUCUUAAAUGCGCCAUGGAGCAGGAGUUCAGCUUCAGCACGCUGAAGAAGCUGGCAGCUGAGCCAGACUAUACGGAUGUAACACUGCCGGCAGUCGAGCGUGUGCGAGCCCUCAGUAAGAUGGGCUACAAUAUUGAGAUCAGCGAGGACAUCGCGCCACGUCGCUACUUUCGCUCAGGGGUAGAAAUGGAGCGCAUGGCCGCCGUCUACCUGGAGGAGGGCAGUCUGGAAAACGCUUUCGUCCUCUACAACAAGUUUAUCACUUUGUUUGUGGAGAAACUUCCCAGUCAUCGGGACUAUCAGCAGUGCAACGUCCCAGAGAAACAAGUCAUAAUGAAGAAAUUGCAAGAAGUGGCUUUUCCAUGCAAGGACCAGCUGAGGAAACUACUUCAUGAGAAAUACAGUAAAGAGUACAGUGAAUAUCUGAAGAGGCAGAGUCAGGCUGUACCUGUAGCUGUGUGUGGAGAACAGCUACAGAAGCUAUCUUUGCUAGAGGAAGAGAAACAGCGCGUAGCGCAGUUGAGAAAAAUGCAGCUGGAGUCAGAGCAGUUCCGUUACUUCGAGGACCAGCUGCGGCGUCAGGAGCAGGCCAACCGUAAACAGGAUGCGGGCCCUAAAGAACCUGAACAAACAGAUGGCUCAUGUCUGUCUCAGGCUCCAAAAAACCAUACACGCCUUGACCCCAACCGCAACAAACAAGCCACACCUGUCCCUAAACCUGCGGCCACAUUAGCUGCAGUCCAAAAUCAACAAGUGGAAGGCCUGAGGCGGGUUCUAAUUCCUCGAGACCUGACAUACAGGUUCCUGCUGCUGGCCGAUCGCAAUACAGCCAGAGGCAUUGAAACAUGUGGCGUGCUCUGUGGAAAACUGACUCACAACGAGUUCAUGCUCACCCACGUGAUCGUGCCCAAACAGUCAUCAGGUCCAGACUACUGUGACAUGGAGAACGUGGAAGAGCUAUUCAGUUAUCAGGACCACCAUAACCUACUGACCCUUGGCUGGAUACAUACGCAUCCCACACAGACAGCUUUUCUUUCCAGUGUGGAUCUCCACACGCACAGCUCUUAUCAACUGAUGCUGCCCGAGGCCAUCGCCAUUGUCUGCUCACCCAAGCAUAAUGAUACCGGAGUGUUCCGCCUCACCGCCACUGGAAUGAGCGAGGUGGCUGGCUGCAGACUGAAAGGAUUUCACCCGCACUCGAAAGACCCUCCACUUUUUACCAUCUGUAAGCACGUGGUUGUGAAGGACGCCAAAACAACAGUGCUGGACCUCAGGUGACAGAUGAAAGGAGGACACGCUUCAGUAGAAGCCACAGGCCCAAGAGUUUUAUUUUUUAUCUUCGGCUACUUGGAGGCUUUUUUGUAUUUAUUUAUUUAUUCAACAAAAAAGUACUGUGAAGUGGAGUCUGUUGCACAGGUUGACGUUGGCAUCUUGUCAUGAAGCUGUAAAGCUUUUAAGUGGUGUUUUUUCCCCUCUGUCUGUGUUCGGUUAUGGAAUUUUCAACAGCUUGCUUUAGCAUUUGUGCCUGUUUAAAAGCAAUCUAUUUGGACAGUUUUGUGAUCUGAUCUGACUGCUUGUCAGGUUGGAUUUUACAGUGCGUCCUGAAGGUGGCAUCUUUUAGCUAUAAAUGCCACAACCAAAAUGUGAACUUUUUACCAGGAUGCAAAAUGAUUUUUAGACAGUUGCCUUAUGUAAAAUGAUAUUAUUAUUUUUUUUAUAUCUAUAUCUUGCUAUGUGCUCAGAUACCUUUACCCAAUAUGUAUUUGCAAAGUUUCUAUCAUGUCAGUUAUGCUGAAGUGAAUUGUUAUAGCUGCAAUGUUUAGUCCAGGGACCUCAAGCUAUGAUCAGUGCGUAUUGUGUAGUAUACAGCUAAAAGCAACCUUUGCCAGCUAGAGAACUUUAGCUCAGUGAUGGUGAUGUUUUACUUGAAGGUGGGGUUCGAAGUUACAAAAGCAGUUUUUUAUUAUGGCCUUUUUGGCAUUAGUCGUUGCGCUCAGGAGUUUGAGCCUUACAAUAAACAGCAAAGCUGAGCUGCACAAACAGACAGAUAUCCCCUAGUUUUUGCCUCAUUUUCUCCUUUACCAAAGCACCUACAGUAGAAAAAGCAAAGAAGCCUAAUACGCCUUAUUAAAGGAGCUACUGCCAUGAAACUUGAGGCUUGAUAAAACCAGUGAUCUCAGGUAUCAUCCUCUCAUGUGAACAUGAUAACUUAAAUCAACCAGUGGCUCCUUCUUUUAUUUUUCAACUUACCAUUCCAUAGUGGAACAACAGAACAUUUUAAAAUAUAAAGUUGCGAGAUCCUCUUUGAUGUUAACUAAGUCUUGUUGACAUUUUGUGUCAUUGCGCUGUGGCAUUGUGUUUUUUUUUUUUUUUUUGUCUAGAUUUCAGUAGUUUCUAUAAAAGUUUUAGUGCUGGUUUACUCUGCAACAGGAACUUGUGGGCAAUAUGAUGCAGUGACCUGUACAAUGUUUUUCCCCCUACUGCCAUUUUUCAAUAAAAAAAGAAAACUUAAA